AUGCACCAGCCCAUGAUAAAACACAGUGAACACCCCACUAUGCACCAGCCCAUGAUAAAACACAGUGAAAAACCCACUAUGCACCAGCCCAUGAUAAAACACAGUGAACACCCCACUAUGCACCAGCCCAUGAUAAAACACAGUGAACACCCCACUAUGCACCAGCCCAUGAUAAAACACAGUGAACACCACACUAUGCACCAGCCCAUGAUAAAACACAGUAAACACCCCACUAUGCACCAGCCCAUGAUAAAACACAGUGAACACCACACUAUGCACAAGCCCAUGAUAAAACACAGUGAAAAACCCACUAUGCACCAGCCCAUGAUAAAACACAGUGAACAACCCACUAUGCACCAGCCCAUGAUAAAACACAGUGAACAACCCACUAUGCACCAGCCCAUGAUAAAACACAGUGAACACCACACUAUGCACCAACCCAUGAUAAAACACAGUGAACACCCCACUAUGCACCAGCCCAUGAUAAAACACAGUGAACACCCCACUAUGCACCAGCCCAUGAUAAAACACAGUGAACACCCCACUAUGCACCAGCCCAUGAUAAAACACAGUAAACACCCCACUAUGCACCAGCCCAUGAUAAAACACAGUGAACACCCCACUAUGCACCAGCCCAUGAUAAAACACAGUGAACACCCCACUAUGCACCAGCCCAUGAUAAAACACAGUGAACUCCCAACUAUGCACCAGCCCAUGAUAAAACACAGUGAACACCACACUAUGCACCAGCCCAUGAUAAAACACAGUGAACACCACACUAUGCACCAGCCCAUGAUAAAACACAGUGAACACCCCACUAUGCACCAGCCCAUGAUAAAACACAGUGAACACCCCACUAUGCACCAGCCCAUGAUAAAACACAGUGAACACUACACUAUGCACCAGCCCAUGAUAAAACACAGUGAACACCCCACUAUGCACCAGCCCAUGAUAAAACACAGUGAACACCCCACUAUGCACCAGCCCAUGAUAAAACACAGUGAACACCACACUAUGCACCAGCCCAUGAUAUAA